GAAGCACAUGGAGAUUACAAAAAACCAUGAAAACUCCCCUUCCUCUCCCCUAGUAUCCCACGCAGCCGCCUCUGAUUCUGUUUCUCUUAUUUUCUACUUUCUCGGGCGACGGCCAAUUAUCGUGAACGACCGGGGAAAAUUACGAUAAGGACAGAUUGGUAAAAGUGUUACAGUCAUUGUGAGAGAGAGAGAGAGAGAGAGAGAUGGGUGUGGAUUACUACAAUGUACUGAAGGUGAAUCACAACGCGAGGGAGGAUGAUCUAAAGAAAGCUUACAAGCGUCUCGCCAUGAUCUGGCAUCCCGACAAGAAUCCUUCCGCAAGGCGAGACGAAGCUGAGUCCAAAUUCAAAGGGAUCUCCGAGGCCUACGACGUUCUCUCCGACCCUCAGAAGCGCCAGAUCUACGACCUUUACGGCGAGGAAGGCCUCAAAUCUGGUAAAAUCCCCUCUUCCUCGGAUGCUUCUUCUUCCUCCUCCUGGAGAACGCCGCAGUUUCACCACCAGCACAGGCAGCAUCCGCCGAACGCCGCGUCCUUCCGUUUCAACCCUAGAGACGCAGAUGAUAUCUACGCCGAGAUCUUUGGUUCUGAAGGCGGUGGCAGUGCCAGAGGAGGAGGACACAGAACGUUCAGGGAUGGGAGUUUCAGGAACGGUAAUUUCGCCAAUGGUCGUAGCAGUGAGCUUAGGAAAGCUCCUGCUGUUGAGAAUCCAUUGCCCUGUAGUUUGGAGGAUCUCUCCAAAGGUGCGAAGAAGAAGAUGCGCUUAUCCAGAAACGUUUACGACGCUUCUGGUAAAAUGAGGGUCGUAGAGGAAAUAUUGCCCAUAGAAAUAAAACCAGGGUGGAAGAAAGGCACGAAGCUCACUUUCCCUGAGAAAGGCAACGAAGAGCCUGGAAUCAUACCGGCAGAUAUCAUCUUCGUGGUUGAAGAGAAGCCACACCCUGUUUUCAAGCGUGACGGAAACGACCUUGUGUUCAGUCAGGAGAUCACUCUACUUGAAGCACUCACUGGUAAGACUAUUGACCUCAUCACGCUUGAUGGAAGGACCCUCAUGAUCCCACUAACCGAUAUCAUCAACCCUGAUCACGAGAUUGUGGUUCCGAACGAAGGAAUGCCUAUCUCUAAAGAACCCGGGAGAAAAGGUAACCUGAGAUUGAAGCUUAACGUGAGAUAUCCGUCCAAGCUGACGGGGGAACAGAAAUCCGAGCUGAAGAGAGUUCUUGGUGGGGUUUUAUGAAGAAGUUUGGCGAAACAUAGCUUCAAUUCUCUGUUUCUCAAGGGUCUCCCUCUCUACUCCCAAGAUUAGAUAAUAUUAGUAUAAGAGGCUUUUCGUUUCACCAUCUGUCAUCUCCAUCCAGAUGAUCCAUUUGUAUGUUCGUUUCACCAUCUGUCAUCUCCAUCCAGAUGAUCCAUUUGUAUGAUCUAUUCAGAUCAUUCAUUCAGAUUUUUGGUACUGUUUG